AGAGUAUCGUAUAUGUAAUCGUAUCGUAUACAUAAUGAAUUUUAAAAUUAAAUUUUUGCAAAUUUUAUUAUUUAAAAUGUACUUAGGUAAUGUGCAGUGCAUUCUACUGUUGAAAUCAUUUUUAUAACGUUUAGUUUUUUUUAUUAUGCAUAAUGAAAACUCAUGAAUUAAUAUUUUGAUUCAUGAGUUCAAUCAAAAAAUCUCACAGAUAAAUGGGCAAGAAUCACUUAAUACAAAAAACCUCAACAAGUUAGUUGGAAGAAAAUAAUCCAAACUACCAUCAAUAGAGACACCUUCCAAUAGUUUAGAGGCCAAGUAAUACCUGAAAUUGGAACAAUCUACUUCAAUUAAAAGAUUACAUAAAAAAAUAAUUCAAUUUUUUUGAAGAAGAGAAAUCUGAAAGUCUCGAUAUCAGUAUUGAUAAAUCAAGAAUUAAAUUAUUUUUUUAUUAUUAAUGAUUCACCGUUGUUUGUAAUCUCGAUGUAAAAUUACCACCUGACCCAAAGACGAGAAUGACAAACACUUAAAUAACAAUGUCUUCCUUUGUUCUUUUGGUUAAUGUAUUAUUUUUUUUCAUCAUAUCCAUGUAUAUUCCUUGACACGUGUACCUAUCACUAUUCAGUAGCUUAUGAGAUAAUAAACUCAGUGCUGUUGAGCUGUAAUGUAGUUAAAAACUUUUUAUUAAUUAACUAAUUAGUGGAUAGUAGCGGUGAAAUUUCUUUAUCGUAAAUUACCCUGUGUUACGGGGGCCAUUUAUAUUCUUGUCUUACGAGUGGUUAUUUUUUCUACACGAAAAUGUUUUGUUCACCCGUGGACCCAAUAGCAUUUGAGUUCACUCUCAUAAAUAGAGAAGACUAUUUAAUUGGAAAAAAAUUAAUAAGGAUUUCGAACAAUUUUCCCAAACUGCAACUAAUUAUGUAGAAGAUGGUAAAUAUGGUAAAUAUAGAGAUCAGAGAGAACAGGAUGACAAAAAAUAUAGCAGUGAAUUUGUAAGGUUUUUUUUUGAUUUAUAUUAUUAUAAAAAUUUAGUGUAACAUUUAACUAACAUUUUAUUAAUGUCAUCAAUUUAAUUAACACGGGAAACUUUCAGUCCACAAUUCAUUUUAUUUGAUUUGAUUAAUUAAUAGUUUUAAAAUAAGAUAUAGAAAUUGUAAUGGUGAAGGGGUUGAUCAACAUUUCAGCCUUAGUGAAUACAUAAUACAGAGUAAAUUAGCUAAAUAAUUAAAACAAAUUCUUCUCCAUAAUUCAAAUAUAGCGCGCUUUUCAAAAUGCAAUGUUACGUCAUCUAAAAGUAAAAAUAAAAACAAUUUACAUCAUUUCGAACUACUUUAACAUGUGGGCAAGGGUCUUUAAUUUAUAAUACUGCAGAUAACAAUAAGUAUCAAAAUAUUAUAUGAAACUUCUGUUAUUAUGUUUUCUAUAAUCUCAUUAAUGAUUAAUUGAUUCUUUUACUCAUGGUCAUUUGUUAAUCAUCUUUAUUUAAUUGAUAACAAGCUUAAUUUAGCAUUACUGCAGUAUUUAAUACUCCAAUUGUAAAUGUUUUUACUGAACAAAGUGUCUUUUUGUAUUAUUUGUAAAAACCUCUGUAUGUACAUAAAUAGUCAAGAUAAUUUUAUACCAGCUAUAAUCACAAGUAUAUUGUGGCUCAAGUUCAACCAAAAGUAAUGAGUUUCUAACUAAUUGAACUUCAAUAUUUAAUAUAUUUUGAUAAAUUGUUUUUUUUUCUGCAUAAAAUCUUAAACAACAAUGAGUGCAACGGUAACAACGCCUGCUAGUCCAAGAAAGUCAAUGCUAUCAUCUACUGCUCGUCAGGGCAGCGUUUACGAUUUUGAUAUCGAUAUGUUCUUAAAAAUUUCUGAUUAUGAAGAUACUGUUAGGCAGUUAGAUAUUUAUUAUGGAAUUGUAAAACGACAACUUUUACGUUACCAAAGCUGUAUUACUGGUUUGUUCCCACAAUUAUCUAAUGACAAGACAGUUGCUAGUGUUAGAGAAAGUAUUUAUUGUGCAGCAGCAAUUUGGAGUUUGUAUCAAGCUUACAGACGAAUUGAUGAUGAUAGAGGAAAAUCUCAUGAGCUUGGACAAUCUGCUGUAAAAUGUAUGCGAGGUAUUUUAGAAUGCUGGAUACGGCAGUCAAAUAGAAUUGAAAAGUUUAAAUUAAAUCAAUGUAAUCGUCAUUCUUUGCAUUGUAAAUUCAAUCUUAAUACUGGAAAUGAAAUUUUUGAUGAUGAAAAUUACUUCCACUUACAGAUUGACGUAGUUUCUCUUUACCUAAUUUUUUUGGUUCAAAUGAUUUCAUCAGGCCUGCAAAUUAUUUACACACAGGAUGAAGUUGCCUUUGUACAAAACCUAGUUUAUUACGUAGAGAGAGCUUAUCGUACUCCAGACUAUGGAAUGUGGGAAAGAGGAAGUCGUUAUAAUGAUGGAACUCCUGAAAUUCAUGCCAGUUCUAUUGGAAUGGCAAAAAGUGCGCUUGAAGCAAUUAACGGAUGCAAUCUUUUUGGAGAAAAAGGAGCAUCUUGGUCCGUUAUUUAUGUUGAUAUUGAUGCUCAUAAUCGUAAUCGAAGUAUUUUUGAAACAAUGCUUCCAAGAGAAUCUAGUUCAAAGAGUGUGGAUGCAGCAUUGCUGUCUACAAUUUCAUUUCCUGCGUUUGCAACUCAUGAGGAAUAUUUAUAUACUGAAACAAAGAUAAAUGUUACACGGAAACUAAAAGGAAAUUAUGGGUUUAAGAGAUUUAGUCGCGAUGGAUAUAAAACUGUAAUUGAAGACCCGAAAAGACGACUAUAUAAAUCUGGUGAAAUAAAAGAUUUUGAUAAAAUUGAAUGUGAAUGGCCGCUUUUCUACAUAUUUAUGAUAAUUGAUGGAGUUUUCAAAUCUUUACCUGAACAAAUAGACGAAUAUACGAAUUUAUUAAAAGGGCGAGUGCAUAAAGAUGCAGCUGGGGAUCCUGUUAUCCCUAUGUAUUAUUAUGUACCUGAAAAAAAUAUUCUUACUGAAAGAAACGAUCCAGGAAGUACUUUCCGCGUCGCAAGUAUUGAAGGUAGUGGUACAAGAGUAAGUGGAGAAAAUGAAGGUGUUUUAUAUCUAUGGAAUCAAGCAAUGUUUAUCAUCGCACAAUUACUUACUUCUGGAUUACUUCAUAUCAAUGAAUUGGAUCCGAUUCGUCGCUAUCUUCCAUCAUACAAUAGGCCUCGAAAAGCUGGAAGAUAUUCUGCUUUUCAAGCCAAACCCACAAUUGGUACUCAUACAGAUUUAGUAGUACAAAUAGUUUUAAUUGCUGAGUCAAUGAGGCUUCAAGCAAUGAUGGCUACCUACGGAAUUCAAACUCAAACACCACAUGAAGUAGAACCAGUUCAAAUAUUAUCAUCCAGCCAAUUAAUAAAAGUUUAUCAGAAACUUGGUAUUAACAAAAAAUUAAAUUUACAAGGAAGACCUCCAAGACCUAUUGGAUCAUUAGGAACAAGCAAGGUCUACCGAGUUUGUGGAAUGACUGUGCUGUGUUAUCCGUUAAUUUUUGAAGUAUCUCAAUUUUAUUUGUAUCGUGAUAUGGCUUUAUUAAUAGAUGAUAUUAAAACAGAGCUCAAAUUUGUUGGAAAGUAUUGGAGAUUGUCAGGACGUCCUACAGUUUGUCUUUUGAUUCGGGAAGAACACAUGAGAGAUCCACAGUUUAAAGAAAUGCUUGAUCUUUUUGCUAUGUUAAAAAAAGGCUAUUGCGAUAGUACCAAAGUUAGAAUAGGCCGGCUCCAAAAUCUAAUUUCUUCAUCAUGUAUAGAACAUUUAGACUUUGUAGGUUCUAUGGAGACCGACUUAGAAUUGAGUCAAUUUAAACAACUGAAGCAUGAUUACAUAGGAUACCAAAGUCUUACUGAUGUACCAAGAUCUUUAUCUCAUGUUGAAGAGGUUCGGGAUUAUUCUAAAUUAUCUAAUGAGCCUAUUCAUGUCAUUAUAAACGAACUUCGUAAUGCUGACGGUUUAUAUGCGAAAUGUCAGCUGUAUGGAAUUAUACUAAAACGAGAAGGAAUUAAUUAUGAAAUUAAUGGCAUGACAGUUGGAGAUUAUUUAAGAGCAUUGUACCAACAAGCCGGAAGCCUUAGAUAUUGGAUGGCAGUACGCUAUUGUAGUAGUUUACUAAAUCAUACUGUUGAUAGCAUAAGCCCCUUCAUUACUGGGGUUCUUGUUAAAGGAAAACAGAUAACUGUUGGAGUAAUUGGUCACGAAGAAACAGUAUUUGAUAAGCCAAUGACUCCUGCAGAAAUUCAAUCUGUUGUGUAUUCAACUAUUCAACCACACAAUGUUGUACAAGCUGUUCUUCAGCAGGAGGUUCUUUUGUACUGUGGUCGUUUGAUUGGGACAAAUCCGGCGAUGUUUAAAGGAAUCCUGAAAAUUCGUAUUGGAUGGGUAUUAGAAGCAAUGCGGCUUUAUCUAGCAGUAUCUGUGAAAAAUCCGAAGCCUAUUGAAAAUUAUAGUCCUUAUGAAAUAAGACGUAUUUUAAUUAAAGUAUUGACUGUCAAAGAUUGGGCUUCAUCUGAAAAUUUGACUGUAAUUAUGCGAAGAAAAAUAGAGGGAAGUCUCUGUAGAGUUCCAUCUCACUUUUAUAAUCAAGUAUGGGAAGUACUAAUGCAAUGUCCAGGUGGUAUUCGUGUUAACGGUCAAGAGUUACCACAACAACCAACUCUAUCAACUAUGACACGUUCGGAAUUAACAUUUGCUCUGCUUGUAGAAUCUAUUCUUCAUCACAUAUUAUUACCAGAAUAUCGACAAAUAGUUGUCGAGUUGUUGAAUAUUGUAGCUACAAUUUUGCUACGUAAUCCAGAGUUAAGUUUCAAACAUGAGUUAGAUUUGAAUAAAUUAGUUGAAGAUGCCUUUGUAAUGUACAGUAAAGAUCAUAACAUGGAAAAAUCCGAUGAUAUGUCUUCCUUCUUCGAUGCUCAUUAUUCUGUUACAACUAGCUAUCUUGCGAGAUCUGUAGUUAAUAAUGUUUUAACAGGAGGCUGUGUAACAACUAAAGUCGAUUUAAAUGAUUUUAAAGAAGGGUCAACUCAAGAAAUGUGCAACAUUUCAUAAAAUAUUAAUAUAAAAGAUGCAUAUAUUUCAUAAAAAUGUAUUUUUGCCAUGAAUAUUUACGUUUGUUUUUACA